AAGCCAAGAUGACGGAGCGUGGGACGCGUCGGCCAGGGUAUGAAGUGACGGGUCCGGCGUGAAGGAGAAAGUAGAACGGGGCUAGAUGCGGAGGGGGCGCUCAGACCCAAGUCUGCGCCAUGUUGACGGGAAGAGGGCUGCGCUGGUCGUCGAGCGCACGGAAGGGCUCGGCCAGGCGCGAGGCGUGCAGACGAGGUGUGGGGGUAUCAGAGUGGUGCGUGUCGAGCGGCGGCCGCUGCGGGCGCGCACGGGCGCCGACGGAGGCACGCCAUGGCGCAGUCGAUGCCUCGGCGGCGGCGGCGGCGCGAGGCACGCAGAGCACAUCGGCCGUCGAGGGCCGCGCCUGCUUGGGCGCCAGACGUGCAAGCGAGGGGUGACGAGGCCCGGCGAGGAUGUCAGACUCGGCUGCCGUCGAGGCCGAGGCAGGACGCAGCGCCUGCUCGAGCGCAUGGUGGGCGAAUGUGCCUCGGGCCAGGUAGGCAGCCUUGAUCUGCUCGCUGGCCGUCGGCGGGCGAGAGCUGACGCUGGUCGCAGCGCGCUUGCGAGCCGGCAUAGACUUGGGGCUGGCGUCGUUCUCAAAGACGUGCACGUCACGUCGACUCUGCGCGUGACGCAGCUGCGGCUCCGCGUCGUUGCUGCCCCUGGCGACGAUCGGAGAUGCCGGCAGGAGCUGCGGAAGGAGCGCAGCGAUUGCGUUGUUUGACUCCUUGCGGCUCGCCUCGCCGAGGGACGCGCCGCGCGCUCUCGUCACGGGCGGUGCAGCGAGGUGACGCGUGGGCGGUGCAGCCGAGGCAGCAGAGGUCGGCUGACGCUGCACGAUGUUGAAGCUGGCGCUGGCGGG